UCCGGGUGUCAACAGUCACAGCCUGUCGAGCCAUUUGGGAGCUAUGUUGCCGUCUGGGGAAAGAGAGAUACAGCUGCGAAAUAAUUCACCUGUUUAUCUCUUUUAAAAUCGGCGGUUUAGUAUUGUAGCUCCAUAUCUGUCUGGCAACAUUUUAACACCUCAGCGUCGGUAAAUGGACAUCCCUGUUAUUCCGUAGGAGAAGUCGCUUGUACUCAAUCCCCGCCCGCACCCUGCCAUGGCCACGCACACCACCCCGCCGCUCCUGAAGGAGUUCUGCCCGCUGUACUACCUUCUGAACUCCAUCCCCGCGAAGGUGCAGAAGGGCUUCCGCUCCGUGCUGGUGUACCUGACCGCGCUGGACGCCAGCAGUGACUACAUCGCUGUCGGCAGCAGCAUCGGCAUGCUUUACCUUUACUGCCGGCGUCUCAGCCAGAUGAACAAGUACAACCUGGAGGGUAAAUCGGAGCCCGUCUCUGCAGUGAAGCUUCUGAGCUGUUUUGAUGACCUGGUGGCGGUUGGCACGGCGUCGGGGCGGGUCGCUCUCUUCCAGCUAGUCUCCCCCCUGCCUGGCAGGAACAAACAGCUGCGGCGUUUUGACGUGGUUGGGCUGCAUAAGAGCACCAUCACCGCGCUGGCCUGGAGCCCAAACGGCAUGAAGCUCUUCUCUGGAGACGACAAGGGGAAGGUGGUGUACUCCUCUGUGGAUCUGGACCAGGGCGUGUGCAGUCCUGUGUUGCUGUUAGAGGAGCCGUCUCCCAUAGUGCAGCUGGAGUACAGUCAGAAGGUGCUGCUGAUCUCCUCCCAGCAGCGCUCGCUAAUGUUCUACACCCAGGAGCAGAGUCUGCAGCAGCUAGGCUCCAAACCCCGCAAGAGCAGCGGCAGGCUCGGCGCGUGUUUCCGCGCUGGUCUCUGUAAGCAGAGCGACCUGCAGGUGUACGCGGCGCGGCCGGGGGUGCGGCUGUGGCGUGCGGACGUGCUGGGGGCGGUGCAGGAGACGCUGGUGCUGAAGGAGCUGUUCGCCCAGGACCCGCCCCUUUUCGAGCUGUUCCCCCGCCCCGGCGCCUCGGGCGCAUACGCCCCCCCCGAGCGGCAGCUGGGGCUGCUCGGCUGCUUCCUGCGCCCGGGCUGGCUGCUCAGCUGGAACGAGUACAGCGUCUACGUGCUGGACUGCCUCAACCAGGCGAUCGUGGGAGGGAUGGAAGGCUGUGGUGACAUCGUGUCGGUCUCCUGCACAGAGAAUGAGAUCUUCAUCCUGAAGGGGGAUCGGGACAUCAUCCGCAUCGCCACCCGCCCCGAAGGCCUGGCAACCAACCUGUCGGAGCUCUCCCUUCGACUCUCAUCCCCCCUCACCACCCCCACCAUGCUGCUCCCGCCCACUGGCGCCGUGGAAACAGCCCAGCCAAUUAGGACCAUGGCCAUCAUUAGUGAGCAGGAGGGCCAUGGGACGGAGCUUGGGGCGGAGCCGGGGGAGGAGAUGGGAGAGGAGGUGGGCGAGGGCGGGGUCAUCAUGCUGGAGAAGCUGGAUGGGGGCGAGUCACGCAGCCGCAGCAGUUCGGUCACCUCGUGGGACAGCGCCCUGGGCCUGCCCCCCCCCAGCGAGCCGUCCGACCUGUCCUCCUCCCGAUACAGCACCCUCACCCUCGACGAGCUGCAGCAGGAGCUGGUCGUCAAGGCCAUCAAGGUCAAGAAGAAGAGCAAACGGCGCCGACAGGAGAGUGGUAACAGGAUCUCGGCGCACAGCAGCUGGUCGGAGGGGGUGUUCAGUCAGGAUGGGGGGGCCAGCAGCCCGGACCUGCACAGCAGCGACUCCAUCAGCGGGGAUUCCCAUGGCAACGACCCCUUCACACUGCUGACCUCGCCUGAUCCUGCGCCCAGCGCGACUCCCACCUCGUCCGUCAUGCCCCCGCCUGCAACUCCACCCCCAGAGUUGGUGACUCCGCCCCCAGAGUUGGUGACUCCGCCCCCAGAGUUGGUGACCCCGCCCUCUGAGGUGGUGACCCCCGAUGUGGACUCCCUCCUGCAGUGCACCUUUGCCUACAUGCAGGCUGCUGCUGAGCAGGAAGAGGCCACUGCCCUGCCCAGUGAGGGCGUGUCUGAGGGUGUGGCUGAGGGCGUGGUCAAGGAGGAGGAGGAGGAGGAGGAGGACCGCCCUCAUCCUGAGGCACCCCAGCCAUCCUGUCCCCCAGAGCCUGAAAUCUUUACCUCCAGCGAUGAGGAGGAUAUCUACGCCCCCGGCGUACCCCACUCCGCCUCCUCCGCCAGUCUGGACACGCCCCACGCACCCCGCCCUCCACACCCGAGCGACACGCCCCGCAAUGAGGACAGCAUCCACAAAUCACACCAGCUGGCAGAGAGCUGGAUGGACUACGCGGGGCCUGGCUGUGGGAUCCUCAGCCUGGUGGUGACAGAGCGCCAUAUCUGGUGCCUGGACUUCAAAGGCGGCCUGUACUGCAGCGCCCUGCCCAACAGCAGCCUGAACUGGCAGCGCUUCGAGGACAGCGUCCAGCAGGUGGCAGUGUCGCCCUCAGGCUCGCUGCUCUGGAAGGUGGAGCAGAAGACCAAUAAGGCGUUUGCAUGUGGGAAAGUGUCCAUCAAAGGCAAGCGGCACUGGUACGAGGCCAUGACCCAGACGGCCUUCGUGGCGCUCAGCGAUGACGCCGCCUGGAUCAUCCGCACCGACGGAGACCUGUACCUGCAGACAGGGCUGAGUGUGGAGAGGCCCUGCUCGCGCGCGGUAAAGCUGGACAGCCCAUGCCCGCUGGCUCAGGUGUGUGCGCGGGGCGGGGUGGUCUGGGCCCUGACUGAGCAGAGAGCGCUCUUCUACAGAGACGGCCUCAGCACCUACUGCACCGAGGGAGAGCAGUGGAGAUACGACACCGUCAGUGAGAGGCAGGGGUUAGAGCCCGUGUGCAUCGCCCUUGGGGAGCGUGGCACAGUUUGGGCUCUGGAUGGCAGUGGGAACCUGUGGUUCAGGACGGGGGUGACUGCAGCCAAACCGCAGGGAGAUGAUGAGCACUGGUGGCAGGUCAGCAUCACAGACUAUGUGGUGUUCGAUCAGUGCGGGCUGUUCCAGACGCUGAUCCAGGCCACGCAGUCUGUUGCCGUGGCGACGCGGGCACCGGUGGAGCGGGUGGCAGAUCGGCUGAGGGUGGCGUUCUGGUCCCAGCAGCCCCAGUGCCAGCCCAGUCUCAUCAGUGCCAACAGGACGGGCGUCUGGAUCGCCUCUGGGAGGAACGACUUCCACGUAACCAAGGGCAGCCUCGUGGGUUCUUACUGGGAGAGUGUGGUUCCCAGAGGAACAGCGUCUGUCACCAAGUGGGCCUUCAUCUUCUCCUCCUCUUCACCUACUAAAGAGGGCAGUUUCCUGUGGGUGGGACAGAGCCGGAGGGACCUGUUCUGCAUUUGGGACGGAGACGCCCAGCUCCGCCCGUCCACGGUGCAGCUUCCUGCGGAGGUGGAGAUGGUGCAGCUGACCGCGUGCCGCGAUGCAGUGUGGGGGCUGGACUGGCACGGGCGCAUCCACAUCCGCACCCUCUCCCCCAACUGCCCCUCCGGCCUGCACUGGACCCGCCUCGACCUCAGCCAGCUGGGGCAUGUGCGGUUGGUGAGUAUCUCCUGCGGCAGUCAGCAUGUGUGGGCGUGUGACGGGAACGGGAUGGUGUACUUCCGGGUUGGAACCCAGCCCCUCAAUCCCAGCAUGAUGCUGCCCGCCUGGAUCUGCAUCGAACCCCCAGAGCAGCCUGUGGGAGUGCACUUGGUGAGCGUGCACACCAGCCCUAACGACCGCAUGCUGUGGGCUGUGGACAGCAGGGCCAAUGUGCACGUGCGUACCGGCAUCACCGAGGAGAUGCCAGUGGGCACCGACUGGGAACACAUUCCAGGCUUGCAGGCCAGUCAGCUGGUGCUGAGCCUCAGGACGGUGUGGGUGCUCUGUCCGAGCGGCGACAUCGCCCGCCGCUAUGGUGUCACCGACAAGAACCCCGCUGGAGACUACUGGAAGAAGACCCCCGGCCUCGUCACCUGCCUCACAGUGAGCCCCGAUGAUGAGCUGUGGGCUCUGAGCCAAUCAGGGAGCCUCAUCCACAGACUGACCAAAACCUUCCUGCAUGGCGUGGCCAGGUCAAAGGUCAGCGCUGGGUCUGUGGGGGAGGAUCUGGAGGAUGAGUGGGAGGUCAUCUAAAAUAGGACAGAACUGCACACUUGCCCGGGACAGAACCACACAUUGGACUGAGACAAAACCGUACACUGGACUGGGACAGAACCUCACACUGGACCGGGACAGAACUGCACCCUGGAGCUCGUCCAGAUCCAGUCUCUCCAAACUGUCUGUUUCUAACAGGACUCUGAGUGGCAAACUGCUCUGGGCUGCCCCUGCAUGCUGUGUGGAUCCCUGGAUUCUGAUUGACUGUUCCUGGGCCACGCCCACUUCCCACACCACUUUGAUUUCCAGUCCUUUACUUUUCCAUCCUUUUUGUCUGUUUUAUAUUUUGGAUCAUUUUAAUAUUUUUAGCAUCAGUACUUCAGAAAAGCAGAGUGUUCCUAACUGACAGGCGAGCCUGAGGUAAAGCAGGAAGUGAGUUCAGGAAGCUCUGUUGUGAUGUGUUGCUCUGGCGAUCCCGGCUGAGCGUGUGUGGUAGAGCUGCAUUCGGCUAUAUCUAUUGGACGGUGCUGGCCAGGUGCCUAGCAACAGUGACCUACAGUAACCCCACGAGUAUCUGCAUGUUUUAAAUACUCAUCCUGCUGCUGGAAAGCUUGUAAUCAUAGAGAUGCACAUGUACCCCUGUACCCCCUCCCUUAUCAUACCCCCCCUCCCUUAUCAUACUGCCCCCAUCCCCACAGCACGGCCUGCCCACUCCACCAACCCCACCCCCCCUGCC